AAGGAAUAUGCAGAACGAUUCGAUAGUAGUGUACGAUCGUCGGAUGGUUGUACUUCAAAUAUUGACGAUUCAAAUGUCGAGGAAAAAAUUCGGAUUGAAAGAAAAAUUGAUAAGAUUAAAGAGAAACUCACACGAAUAUCACUGGCUCGUGAAGUGGCUAGUAAUAUGGAAAGUGGAAGCGAAAAUCCCCAACUUAUACGUGUUCGCCAGCAUUUUGAAAAAAAGAAUAAAAAAUAUGCUCAAGAGAUGGAUCAUUUACAAAAAAAACUUGAACAAUUACAAAGUAGAUUGAAUGAACUUGAAUUGGGAAUCGUUGUUCAACCAUCGCCAAGAGCAGCUGUUCUCAAUAAUAUACGGAGAACUGCUCCUCUUUUGCGGGAAAUGACCGGCUCUGUAAUAUCGGCUCCUCGAGGUAUUGCUCAUAUUAUCAAGAAUACCUUAGGCUCUGCAGAUAAUAUUUCUACAAAUGCUAAAUAUAGUGCAGCUGGUCAUUCAAUAUUUUAUGCGAGUUCAACUGAAAACGGCGAGAGGCAUAAUCAUUGUUUAUUAAAUGAUCGUUCGAAGUCGGAUGGUGCGGAUUUCGCUGAUAUAUCCCUCCGUGGUAACCCUGAUAAUUUUUUUGAUAUCCAGCCUGGUCCUGUUUCCAUCUCGAUGAAUAACGAUUCAUCCUUAACUCAUUCCAAUGCCAAUUUAUCAGAUCUCAAAGAAGAAAUCAAUACAUUGAAAUUACAAAACCAGUUUCUUGUUCAACAAUUGGAAAAGAUCCAGAGAUUAGAAGAAAUUUUGAAUGAUACUAUAGAGUUGCACCAAGCUGAAAUGACAGCACUGAAAGCUGAUUUAAAUACGAUUGGUACUCGUAUGGAUUACCAAUAUUGCGAUCGCUUCUGCUCAAUUGAAGAGAAUAUCGAAAGCACGCAAAAUAAGAUGAUUCGAUUGGAAAGCAACUUGAAAGAAUGGUCAGAAACAUCAGCACAAUCUGCAUUCAGUUCAAUACUUCUCACUGGCGCUAAUGUUCUAGUUGAAUUUCUCAAGCUGCUUCUCUUUAUAAUAUCAGUUGUCCUUGAUUUUUUCAAGCCAUUUACUGGCACAAGGACGAGGGCUGGUUUUGUUAUUCUCAUCUGGAUGUUUUUUAUGAUCUCUUCACAGUAUAUUAAUUAUUUUACUUUGUUGGAUAGAGUGAAGAAAUUAUUUUUCGCAUUAUUUACAUCUCGAUCAGGUUUUUUUCUUUUCUGA